AUGUCUGGAAACGAGCCAGUGCCCAGCAGAGGCGGCCCUUCCAACAGCUCUAUUGACCCAGAUCCGCCGCAGCUAGCAUCGCCACAGAUCGCAAAUCGCAUCAACCUUGUCACUUACGGGCAAUCCACCAUCAAGGCACUCAUCGAUCCGAGUUUACCCGUCCAGGACGUGAUUCGACAGCUUUGCGCCAAUGCUCACCUCGGUGUUCAGGAGCCACCAGCGCUCUUUGCACUCAGAGAUGACGAUAACGACGAGCUCAUAGAUGAUGCGAACAUGGCUAAGAAGAUCGAAGCAGGCGCCAACUUUAAGCUCAGCUCUUCGCCGACAAUAGAGGCUGUCGAGAUGGUGGACAAGCUUAGCUCUCGCGAUGAUCGAGUGCUCAAAAUGGCAACCUAUACCCUGCAGAGACUCAUCCGCGAGCCGCAGUUCACCGACGAGUUCGUUGCCAGAGGAGGUGUCAAAGAGCUCCUCAAUGUCAUCUGCAGUCACUCUUCCGGCAACACGCUGGCGUACGCGCUGACCAGCUGUCAGAACCUCAUGGAAGCUUACGAGUACGGAUGGGAGAUCAUCGAUGCCUCUCUUGUCGCCAAAGUCGUCAACUUGCUGGCUUCGCAAGAACGUAUCAACGUUUGUCGACCCGCCACUGCCAUCCUUAAGAAGUUGGUCGUCUCCGGUCCCAAGGACUCGCCCAAGACCGGACGUGUCGUCGCCGAUGGCCGAGGUGCUGCUACCACAUCCGCUCCUCCCGUCUAUCGCUACGGCUUCGAAUUUAUCUAUGACGAGGUUCAACGCGAGAAGCUCUUUCUCCAGACCCUCGUCAACCGCAUUGGCAGCUCCGACACCACACUCAAGCUUUACAGUCUCAGCCUAAUCAACAGUCUGUGGCGAAAUGUAUCUGACGACCUGUUCGAAAGCUUUACAUCCGAACUUGAGAAGCUUAACGCCUCUAAAGCAGUAGCAUGGCUCAUGGACUCGAAUCGCGGAGACGAGCUGGCCUCGUCCAUCCUCGAUUACCAGAGCAACGUCAUCCGAGCCGCACACCGUAGAAUGCGCACAACUGUCACUCCGACCGAUAAACGUCAUGUCCAUGCAUUGUCAUACAUCUGGCUUCAGGCAAAGAUCAGCGACGUUGUCGUAUCCAACAACUUGGCGAAUCAGAAUGGCAGCUCCAACGACGAACUCAGAGCUUCUGUCGGCGCGACCACAAGGUACAAAUGGCGCCGUAUUGGAUUUGCUUCCGAGUCUGCAGCCAAGGAGUUUGGUCGCACCGGCUGGCUCGGUCUCUCAUGCCUCGAAUCCUUCGUUCGUUCCGAUCCAGAUCUCUACUCCAAGAUCAUUCUCGAACAGAUCAAUCGCCCCGAAGUGCGACGCUGCAUGUUGGCUCGAGCUUCGAUCGAAGUCACCUCCAUCCUUGCCGACCAUUGGGACAUUGAAUCGGGCUCAUACACCACUUCGACCACCUACCUGCCCUUCUUACUUUCCUUCUCCAAAGUGCAUAACCUCACCCUGCGAUUCUUUCUGCGCAUGUGGAACGAGUCCGGAGCCGCUGCUUCUGACUUUUCGCGUGUAUCGGCCUUGGUCCGCAGUCAGGUCAACGAAGCAUUGGGCAAGCAGGAAGAGACGAUCCGGACAUGGUUCGAACUGGAGGACGCUUUCUUGCAUUCCGAGUAUCGCACUGUGCGUGACAGGCAGAUGAAGGAGUUGGAGGUAGACGAAGACUACAACGCCAAGUCAUCGAUCCGCAAUCUGCGCGGAAGGAUCUACAGGGAGAGCUACGAGUUUGUACGACAGCAGCGGAUCCAGUGCUUGCUUGAGGGUGCGUGGUUCCGCAACCUCUCGACAGUCUCGGCGACCGCAACGGGUAACGGUGCCAAGCAUCACCGACCAUCUGCCAGUACCGUCGAGACUGCUCUACCGGCCAUCACCAACAUGAACGGCGCAUCAGCAUCUCAUAAGCCAUGGCGCUUCUACCGACUGGCGCCGAACAGAAAGUACCUGUACUACUGCGACUCGUCUGAGCGCUUCCCCAUUAGAGGCGGACUGGACGACUUGCCGGAAAGGUUUGAUCUCAGCUUGGUGACCGACAUUGCGCAUAACGGCGGAGGAGCAGACACGACUGGCAAAGCCGCAGCAGCUACUACUUGCAAGAUGGGGGCCAGUGGCGACCUUGCGAUCAGCUUGUUACAGUCUCCUGACGCAUCUUUGGCCGAGAUGCAGGCAUUGAACGCAAGUCAGUUUUCGGAAUGGACUGAUGGACUCAACAUGCUGCGCGGUGAAGGCGGUGUUGUGAGUACACGAGAGACGGCCGACCUGAUUCAAACACUCACCGAUAUUGGCAUUAAGGUCAAGUUGCUGGAUCUUACGGGCGAGAAGAUUGAGCUGCCAAUCGCAGUGCAGCCACCACCUCUUCCUUCGACGACCGAUUUCUUCUUUGCCGAGCUCUGA